AUGUGGAAAGAUGUUAAGAUAGUUCAUGGAAAGCCUCGUCAUAGUCAAACACAAGGCUCAGUUGAAAGGGCCAAUCGGGAUAUACAGAAUAUGUUAACUGUAUGGAACACUACAUAUCACGAAGGAAUACACCAAAGUCCUUAUGAAGCAAUGUUUGGCGUUAAACCAAAAAGAGGCAUAGCAUCUUUGCCUGGCGAACAAAUCGCAAAUAUUGAAACCGAAGAACAGCUCGAAGAAAUUGUUAAUACUUUUGAAGAAAAUUUGAGCAGUGGCCAUAACGAAUACCAUAUUCCAAAGGAAAAUAUUAAAGAGGAGCUGCAACUCACCACGUCUUCAUGUCAAGCCCUGACUGAACAACACGAAUUUAUCACUAUAAAAAGAGCGGCCGCGAAAGAGAAUCUUUUACUGAAAGCAACGAAAAUGUUACGAACCUCAAAAAGAAAAUUUUCUUCUGCUGAAAUUGGUGAUAUCCUGCGAAUAUAA